GUUAAACCCAAUUCCCCUGAUACAGUGAUACCCUGCGUUUUUAUUCUUUGGUGAAUUCCAUUAGCAUUGUUCUUGCUGCGAAGUAACUACCCCCUCUCUCUCUCUCACUGGUUAACCAUGAGAGCUUCUUCUGAGAAUUGCGUUGAAAGGGUUUUAAAUUGAGGUUGCGGUCGUGGUUGUAGUUAUGUUGCGGAAUUGCGGACAAAUGCGGCUUGAUGUGGCCGCAAUUGGUGUCGUGAUGCCGUUUUGGGGAAUCAAAAACCAUUUACGUUGUGGCCGCAAUUGUGGACCACAAUUUAAAACCCUGUGUUAUAGUGCCAGCCAUUGUCUAAGUUGCUGCACUUAUCAGUCACUUCCUUCGUGUUGUGGCUGCAGUAAGAAUUUUCUCACCAAACUUGCUCCACUUGAAGCAGUUCUCUUUGAUAUAGAUGGAACUCUUUGUGAUUCCGAUCCCCUCCACUACGAUGCUUUACGUGAAAUGCUCCAGGAGAUUGGUUUUAAUGGAGGUAUUCCUAUUACAGAGGAGUUUUUCAUUAAGAACUUUGCUGGCAAGCACAGUAAUGAUACAGCCUUGUUUGUUUUUCCUGGUGAUCUUGAACGAGGUUUAAAGUUUGUAGAAGAAAAGGAAGCCAUGUUUCGGAGAUUGGCGGCUGAGCAACUGAAGCCUUUAAGUGGUCUUGAUAAAGUGAUGAAAUGGAUUGAAAAUCAUGGAUUGAAACGAGCUGCCGUUACCAAUGCUCCAAGAGAAAACGCAGAACUCAUUAUCUCAAAACUUGGUCUCUCAUAUUUCUUUGAUGCUGUUAUUCUUGGUGAUGAAUGUGAACAUGCCAAGCCUCAUCCAGAACCCUAUUUGAAAGGUCUUGAAGCUCUGAAGGCAUCAAAGAAUCACACAUUUGUAUUUGAGGAUUCUGUGUCAGGAAUCAAAGCUGGAGUGGCAGCUGGGAUGCCUGUUAUAGGUUUAGCUACCCGAAACCCCGAGGAUUUACUCAUGGAAGCAAAGCCUGCUUUUCUGAUUAAGGAUUAUGACGAUCCAAAAUUGUGGGCAGCUCUGGAAGAACUUGACAAUGCUGGUACUAGUUAAAAUUUUGAAUUACUAGUGCACAAAAUGUAUUCAAGUAGCGUGUUCAUCGUAAAGUUAAAGGAUCAUGAGAAUAAUGUUUAUAAGGGUUGGCAUUAUAAUACUAGUCCUUAAUCAAUGUUGCUUUUGAAAGAGAGAGCAAACAGUCGUAUACUUAUAUUCUGUUUGUGUUUUGUAAUAAUAUCAUUUUUUGCUAUGAAAAUGCCGGUCAAGAGAGACCAAGGAGUGUUCACAAUACAUAA